CCUGGCGGUAAUUACGGCUCCUGGAAACACGACAUAGUGAGACCUCUCUACUUUUUGCGCAUCCCAGUUUGUACUUAGCGGAGAAUGAUGUUGAAAGGUGAUGGAGAGCAAAGCUGCGGCACUGAGAGAGAAGAAGUGAAGAGACGACAACGCGAAUGAGUGUUGGUCCUGCUAGGAGAACCCAUGGAGCCAUACAUCAUGCCGUUGCACUCCUCCUCCCCCCCUCCGCUGGAUGAUGAUGGUGAUGGGGAGGCCGGAUCGGAGGACGACGAGUUUGGAAAUUUUGGGGGAUUUUCUGCUGCGGUGUCCCACUCCCCUCCAGGCUUCGCUGAUUCCGCUGAGCUGCCAUCCCGCCUCAGACAGCCUUCUCUUCCCACAAAGCCAGCCACCCUUCAGCCCAGCUGCAGCUUUAAUCGCCCUGUUGAACAAUCCCAACCUGCAACCACUGUGAACUCCAGGGGCCAGAAAGACAUGGAAGAGCAGGAUUGUAAUGCUGAAUCAUCUUUGCACCUCACAAACGGAUAUGCUGAAGGAGACUCUGGGGCCCAAGGUGCUUCUGUAGUGGGUGCUUGCUCGCCCAAGGAGGAAACAGGGUUUGCUGAUUUCACUGUGUUUAGAGAGCAGGCAGUACACCCCUGGUGCUGUGGUUUCUCUCCCAUACGCAGCACAGAGCAGUGGGCUGGCCGAGUAGAAGGGACAAAGCAAAUCUGUGACCCAGGUCAUGAGGUUAUCAUGGACUCUGAGCCCAGAUCUAAUUGUGCAUAUAAGGCAAAAGAAAAUGUUUGCACUAAGGUCAAGCACUGUGAGAAAAGAGAUGCGGCGCUCGUGCAACCAUCUCAGGACCACCAUCAGCCUCAGGAAGCUGCAGCAGCUUUGGGGUUUCCAUCUGAACAGCCUCAUGUUGGGGAGGAGGAUGCAGGCAAGCAUGGGCCGAGUUGGAGGGAAAGAAGGCAGAGUUUGAAUUCUUUACAAACCUCAGAGGGACACGAGGAUGAAGAUUCAGAGAGAGAUGGAGAGAAGAACAUUUCUACUGUCCCACAAACAUUCAGUGUGUAUGAGUCUGCUUCAGAGGACCUGGCAUCCUUCUGUGAUGAUUUGUCAUUUGAGGGUGCUUCUGCUGACUUGGAACCAAAUGUUUCAUCUCUUGCUUCCCAAGAGGAUCAGAGUGACUGGGACCAGACUGAUGAUGAGGAUGAAGACCUGGGACGCUGCAGGCAUUCUGACUCUUUUGUUGACAGCAGCGCGGCAAAUCUGCCUGAGACAGAGAAGGGUUUUCAUAAUCGCGACCAAUCUCCGACUCAGGAAACUUCCGCUACCUCUAGCCAGUCACAUUCUGCAACGUAUACAGAAGGCGAACUUGCCGACUCCAAUGACGGCAGUUCAGAGCAUCACAGGGACCAAAAAAGUGCCCAAACAGCUGAUGUGAGGGCGCAGAGUCUAGGUGGCCUCCCACCGAGUGACAGCUUUGCAGAUUUCUGCUCGGCACCCACGCAGGAGGAUGGAGAAGGGUCGUGGGCGGAGUUCCAGGACCAGAGAGCUUGGGACGAGGGAAAAACUUGGACGCAGUUCAGAGAGCAAGUCAGCAGCCUUCAGACUGAUGGGGAUGCUGAGGAAGUGCAGGACAGGGUGGGACAAUAUGGAGAUUUAAGGAAGAAACAGCUGUCAGGCGUCACUGUCCUGCCGAGUACAGCAGCUCCUCUGGGCCAGUUUCCCAGAGGUGGUGGUCCCUGCUGUGGACGGUGAGGAGGAGGUGCUCAGCCUCGGUGCCCUGCUUUACACCCGACACACCUCUAAGAAUGAAGAGGAGAAGAUGCCAGAACUCAGUGGUGCUCAGUGGGUUCAACAGAGCCUGUGGUGGCCACACCGAGAUGCCCACAGUGCAGUUGGCCUUCAGUUUCAGUGGAGUGGCUCCCAUAUCGAACAGGACUCUGCUCAGGUGCCUCGGCGUGGACACAAGGAACAUUGUGUUCAUUGGCAUGAAGAAGCAGCCAGUGGCCGUGCCUGCUUUUGCAUCCAGCCUGGGAAUGCUAGAGCCCACCAAAGAUUCUGUGCCAGCUGUCUGUUCUCCAGGAUACACAGCAGCACAAGCACAAGCACCUCCAGGGCCCCAGGAUAUACCAGGCCCCUCAAUAGACUCAACACAGGAGGCACUCCCCUCCAGCCAGCUGGAUUGGAGCAGCCGUGGCCUUAGCAGCUCUCAGGACGGCUGCACUGCUCUCAACCUGGAUUAUUUUGGUCCUGAGGAGGAGAGCAGAUCCAGCAGCAGCAGCCGUAGCAACAGUCCUCCACCAGGAGUUGACCGUGAGCUAUAUGAGUUGACCAUCAGCAAACUGGAAACCAGCACUAACAGCUGCCACCUAGAAGACACUUUGAAUCGCCUGAUGUCCAAUGCAGAGAGGACCAGCACUUCAGUCAGGAAACCUCAAGAGGAUGAAGAGCUGAGUGCGGAGGCUGGCAGGGUGAUCGCUGGACUUCCUAACCUGUCCUUCAUGAUGGCCAAGGUCCUCAUGUUCCCAAGCAUCCUCGUACCCAAAGAAUGCAGUUCCUCAAACUUAGAGUGAUGUCUUUUCCAAACACACAUUUAUGUUGCCCUUACGCAUUCAAAUACUCCAUAGGUCUGAAGGACAGAAGUUAAUCUUCCUGCUUUGGUCAAAAUACUCCACCUGCUGGCUAUCUUUAGCCUCAACCCCCCAAAAAACCAUAAGGCUCAAUAACCUCAUGUGUAUCAGCUCAUAAUUUACUUUCAGUGAACAAUCAUCUACAAAGUGCAAAAAAGUAGGUCUGCAGUCUUUAUUUUUUAACUAAGUGUGUGGUUUAUUUUAGUUUAAACUGACCCCCCCCCACACACACACACAUAUGUGCAUUUAUUCACUCUAGAGACUGUUACAAACAAACUCACUAACUUAAACUAUGUUUGGCUCUGUAUUUAUUUAUUUACUAUUAGACAAAAAAUACAGACAGAUGUUAUCUAUACUUAUAUGAUAGGGGAGACAUAAAGACAAGUAAAGUGGCCUUCAUGAAGAUGUGUGUGAAACUAUUUUUACCCUCUAUGGAAAUGUUGUUUUUAUUUCAAGGUUACAGAGUGUCAGCCUGUUCUGGUUUUCGAUUCCAAUUUUAUCUUUUUUUUUUUUUUCUCAAAUUAAUAUAAUUCCAUAAAACGUUUGAGAGUAAUCUCAGUAAACUGAUUUGAAGCGCUGUAAAAGACAGCAAAAAAUAAAACGACUGAAACUCCUCCAGUAUAACUCCUA